AAUUCGACCUAUUUACAUACUCAAAUGCGUAGUCAUAGAAAGUGUGUGUGUGCGUGCUUCACAAACAUAUGUGUUGAGUGUGUAAAGUAAGUGAGUAUGAUUGUAAUAUGAAAGUAGAAUUAUGCAUCCUUCUUUGUUUUCUCACACACAUUCUUAAGUUCAUGCCUCAUGGUGUUACCUCAUGUCUUGAUUUCCGUCUUUUAAUUCUUUAUUAUGGAAUGCUUCCUUGUUUUCUUUCUUUAUUAAUAUUUUUUAAUUUUUAUUUUAUUUUAAUGUGGGACUUGGGCUUAUUUAUGUAUGCUUAUCUUUGCUUUGCAGGAGGCAAAAUUUCAAAUAUGGUGAAGAAUGAAGAUUCAGGUAGCCCUAGCUGGAGUGCUUCACUCUUUAUGCAGACAACAGAAGAUGUUGCAAGAGCUGUUGCUGCUGCAGCUGCUGCUGCCACUACUGUUCGUUCACCCCGACCAUCUGUGGUAUUCUCAUCAAAAGAUGACAACGGCAAUAGUCCACUACAUAUACUUCAACACCAAGUUUCUAGAGUACUAAAAGGCUUUUCACAGCCUCCUGAAGUGAAAAGUGGAACUUAUAACCCAGAAGUACUAACUAGCCAAAAGCGUCAAUGGGCAAGCGUCCAAUUGCAGUCCCUGGAUCAUAGGCCUUUAAAAGAGCCAUCAAGGCUUUUUGAGAGCAUGGUGGUUGUUGGACUUCAUCCUAAUUAUGAUAUUCAGGCACUUCAGAAGCAGUACUUUGGGAGAAAGUCUGAAGGUGUUGGACUUCAUCCUAAUUGUGAUAUUCAGGCACUUCAGAAGCAGUACUUCGGGAGAAAGUCUGAAGGUUCAGAGCCUAACCUUGAACCCCAGGUCUUACUUAAGUAUAAGGAUCUUCUUUCAUUCUGCUUUCCUGGAGGUGUGGAGACAGUUGCUGGAUUAGUAGCAGAUGGGAGGCAAGUUGUUGCAAGAGCAAAGUCUGAAGCAACAAAUUACGAUUUUAAAGUUGAUAUUAAAUAA